AUGGGAGCAGACCUGAGCCAGGAGAAAGUUGAAGACAGCAGCAGCAGCAAUGCCUCUCCGCCACAGUCUACCCCCAGGGUUAAAACAUCAGCGUCCAGAACUCGCCCCAGGGGCCCAGCUGUGGGCAUAGACCUGGGCACCACCUACUCCUGCGUGGCAGUCUGCCACAAGGGAAAGGUGGACGUCCUCGCCAACGACCACAGCAAUCACACCACGCCCAGCUGCGUGGCUUUCACCGACAAGGAACGCCUGGUGGGGGAGCCGGCUGAGUUGCUGCGGGGCCUUAACCCAGAGAACACCAUCUUUGGUGCAAAGCGGCUCAUUGGCCGCAGGUACGAAGACCCGUCGGUGCAGUCCGACCUGAACCACUGGCCUUUCCGGGUAGCUGCCGGCGGUGGCGGCGAAGCCAAAGUCCACGUGUCGCACAGAGGGCUGGAGAAGUCCUUCUACCCGGAGGAAAUCUCGGCAAUGGUGCUGUCCAAGCUGAAGCAGGUGGCGGAGGCCCACCUGGGCCGCCCAGUCACGCAGGCCGUCAUCACCGUCCCGGCGUACUUCAACGACGCCCAGCGCCAGGCAACGAUCGACGCGGGCGCAAUUGCAGGGCUCAAGGUCCUGAGGCUGAUCAACGAACCCACGGCGGCUGCCAUCGCUUAUGGACUGAACGACAGCAGGCAGUGGAAGGAGAAGAGGAACAUCCUUGUAUUCGACCUGGGCGGGGGGACCUUUGACGUCUCCGUCCUCACUGCCCAGGAUGGCGUCUUCGAGGUGGUGGCCACGGCUGGGGACACGCACUUGGGUGGGGAGGAUUUUGACCGGCGGCUGGCGGACCAGCUCACCCAGGAGUUCAAGAGGAAACACAAGGAGGACCUCAGCCAGUGCAAUAAAGCAAAGCAGAGGCUGAAGGCAGCCUGCGAGAAGGCCAAGCGAGUCCUGAGCUCUAAUAUCACAGCUAUCGUCUCCGUUGAUUCCCUCUACAAGGGGGUGGAUUUCCACACAACCGUCACCAGGGCCAGCUUCGAGGACCUGUGCUCUGACCUCUUCCAGUCCACCAUGCUCUAUGUGGAGAGGGUACUGGAGGAGGCUGGCAUCAAGAAGACCCAGAUUGACGACGUUGUCCUCGUCGGGGGUUCCACCCGCAUCCCCAUGAUCCAGAGGCUCCUCUCUCAGUUUUUCGAUGGGCAAGACUUGUGCAGGGUCAUCAACCCAGAUGAGGCGGUGGCCCAUGGGGCGGCCAUCCAGGCUGCCAUCUUGACCGGCCACCGGUACCAAAGCUUGCAGAACCUGCUCCUGUUGGACGUGACUCCCGUCUCCUUGGGGCUGGAGACGGUGGGAGGCGUGAUGGACGUCGUGGUCAAGCGCAACUCUCCGAUCCCCACCAAGGAAACCAGGAACUUCUCCACCACGGAAGACAACCAAAACAGCCUCUUCUUGCAAAUCUACGAAGGGGAGCGGACGUUGACCAAACACAACCGGCUCCUUGGAACGGUCACGCUGGGCGGGCUCCAACCCGCCCCCCGGUGUGUGCCGGUAAUCGUGGUCACCUUCCACAUCGACCACAACAACAUUCUCACCGUAACUGCUACGGAGAGGUGCACCGGCAACCAAAACCAGCUGACGAUCACAGACACCCGUGGCCGAUUGGACAGAGAAGAGAUGGAGCGGAUCAUCCAUGAAGAGGAAGAGUACUGUGCUCAGGAGAAGGCCGAGCAGGAGAAGAACGAAGCCCUGAACUCUUUGGAGGCCAGCACCCUGCAGCUGAAGAGGGUGGCUGUCGAGGAGAAGGCCCUGGAUGACCGGGCGAAGAGGAGAGUCCUGGAGAUGUGCGAAGAGACUGCCGCGUGGAUGGAGGGCAACCGGAGAGCCCCGAAGAAGGAGUACGAGGAACGGAAGAGGGAACUGGAGGACGUCUGCUAUUCCAUCAUCACACACUUCAGCUCCGACGGAGGGGAUCUGUCGCAGACAAAGGGAAGAGGGAAAUGCUAGCU